AUGUUUGAGUUUGUCUUCCCUAGGUUUUUAGGAGCAUACUCUGAAAAGUGCAAUGUUGCGGAUGGUUACAAUGAAAUAUUUAAGCUUAUUCAUUCUGGUAUUUCAAAAUCUACUUUAUAUUCUGUGUAUGCGUCAUGCAAGAUCACGACCAACCGAAAUGUUCAACUCUUCAUCUUUGUUCUAAGCAUUACUGGGAAUUUAAAAAACUGUUUAAAACUCAUACAACACAAUCCACUAGAUGUUUUAAUGACUUUUAUACCGGCUAUAAUAUAUGUCAUUCAAAAUCGUCUUCUUAUAACAGCUUUGAGUAAUUUAGAUGCAGUCACAUUUCAGGUGGCUUAUCAGUUGAAAUUGUUUACUACAGCAUUAUUCAGUAUGCUUAUUCUUCGGAAACCGGUUAGUAAAAUGCAAUGGUUUGCUUUGGUUUUAUUGUUUAUUGGAGUUGCAACAGUUGAAAGUCCCGUUAAUUCUAAUAAAACUAAUCACCCACCUAUAGCAUAUAAUCCUCCAUUAGGAUUAUUUUGUGCUGUAUGGGCAUCCAUAUUGUCUGGUUUGGCAUGUGUAUUUUUUGAAAUGCUUCUGAAAAAUACCAACAAAUCUAUAUGGCAUCGUAAUAUUGAGUUAGCUUUUGCAUCAAUUAUCAUUGGUAUACCUGUACAACUAUUGACCGAUUGGACUGAUAUUACACAAAAUGGCUAUUUUCAUGGUUUUGAUUGGUUUGUUUGGAUAGUUGUAUUUCUACAUGCAUUCGGUGGUUUAUUAGUAGCUUUAGUAGUUAAAUAUGCUAACAAUAUUCUUAAAGCAUUCGCCUGUUGCGUGUCAAUUAUUUUAUCAUGUGCAUUCUCUGUUGUAUUCCUUGGGAUGCAUUUGAGUAAUAGUUUCAUUUUUGGCACAUUAACUGUUAUCGUAUCAUCUAUUCUGUAUUCUAGUUAUCCUCCGAAAAUAAAUGCUCGAUAG